AGUUGAGCUUAAGAAGAAGCUCAGACACAGGGCGGGGAAUUUAGAGAGAGAGAACUUCCAAUGACGAAACAAGGUUGUGAGAUAGAAGCAGUGGGCAUCGAUUACAAGAUCUACAACCACAAAACAAGUUUUAGAUACCCAUUUAAGGUCUUCACCACCAGACAACAAGAAGAACAGCUCGAACCAGCUGCAGGAGCCAGACCAGAUUUCCGGCACGUCCUCAAGAAUAUAACUUGCAGAGCCAAACCAUGGGAGAUCCUCGCCAUCGUAGGCCCGAGCGGUGCCGGCAAAUCGACCCUUCUCGAAGUCCUCGCCGGUCGACUCACUCCUCAAACUUCCUCCAUUCUUAUCAACCAGGAACCCAUCGACCACGCCCGGUUUAAAAAAAUCUCCGGCUACGUCACCCAAAUAGACACUCUCUUCCCUCUCCUCACGGUCCAAGAAACACUCAUGUGCAGUGCUAAGCUUAGGCUCAGACUCGAACCGGCCGAGUUAAGUUCCCGGGUGAACUCCCUGAUGAACGAACUCGGCUUGACCGAUGUCGCAUCAACCCGAAUCGGAGACAACCGGGUUCGCGGCAUCUCCGGAGGUGAGAGGCGGCGUGUAUCGAUCGGCGUCGACGUGAUCCACGAACCCAAGGUGUUGAUUCUCGACGAACCAACCUCAGGGCUUGACAGCACCUCAGCGUUGCAAAUCAUAGACAUGUUGAAUACCAUGGCCGAGACACGCGGUCGGACCAUAAUCCUGAGCAUCCAUCAACCCGGGUUCAGAAUCGUGAAGCUCUUUAAUUCGAUCCUCUUAAUGGCUGACGGUGCCGUUUUGCAUCACGGGAGCGUCGAGCAGCUGGGCCUGCAUUUGGGCUCAAUGGGUCUUCAACUUCCUCUUCAGGUUAACGUCGUUGAGUUUGCCAUUGACGCCGUUGAAACAAUCCAACUGUCAAAGCAACUAUCACAACAGUCGAAGCAACCACCGCGAAAUCGGAGUGGAAAGUCUACGCUACAGCAGCUCUUCCAACAGUCUAAGGUGGCGGAUGAGGAAACCACCGCCGGCGGCGGCGGCGGUAAUGCUCAAUUAGAUCUUCUCUGCGGUUUCGCUAAUUCGAGAUUAAAAGAGACAUUUAUACUAACGCACAGGUUCUCUAAGAACGUGUAUCGAACAAAGGAGCUCUUCGCUUUCAGAACGGUUCAGAUGCUGAUUGCAGGGCUAGUCUUAGGCUCCAUCUUUCAUGAUCUCGAAAACGAUCUCUCAGGUGCGGAAGAGAGGGUAGGUUUAUUUGCAUUCUUAUUGACGUUCCUGCUGUCGUGUAGCACAGAAGCUCUUCCCAUAUUUCUACAAGAGAGAGAAAUCUUUAUGAAGGAGACUUCAUGUGGGAGUUACAGAGUCUCAUCUUAUGUGAUAGCUAAUGGGCUCGUUUUUCUGCCAUUUCUGCUCAUCUUGGCCUUCUUGUUCUCUGCUCCACUGUACUGGCUUGUGGGUCUGAACCGGAGCUUCACCGCUUUCAUGUAUUUUCUGCUACUAAUCUGGUUGAUUCUGUACACAGCGAACUCGGUUGUCAUGUGUUGCAGUGCUCUGGUUCCGAAUUUCAUAGUUGGAUACUCGGUGAUUUCAGGGGUGAUGGGGUCUUUCUUUCUGUUUUCUGGGUAUUUCAUAUCCAAGAGUGGGAUGCCAAAGUAUUGGGUUUUUAUACAUUAUAUAUCGUUGUUUAAAUAUCCUUUUGAAGGGUUUCUCAUAAAUGAGUUCUCUGGGAAGGGGAAGUGCUUGGAAUACAUGUUUGGUGAGUGUGUGAUGAGUGCAGAAGAUGUCAUGAGGGAAGAAGGAUUUGGGAAUGAGAGUAGAUGGACGAAUGUGUUGAUCAUGGUUUGCUUCAUCUUGGUUUACAGAUUCAUCUCCUAUGUCGUCCUUAGGUGUAGGUGCUCUCUCAGAACUGUCAAGGGAAACCUUACUUGAAUCAA